UCCAAACUACCAUAUUACUAAUACAUCUUUAAGGAUUAACUUUAAUAUGUUCUUAAUGCUAUGGAGGUAUAACACACACAAACAAACCCAAAAACGGAGUGUAGUGAAGCGGUUUAUGAUGAGAGCAACCUGCGGACUUUUUUUGUUAUAACUCCAUAACUAAAAUAUAUAUUCAAGUUAAUCCUUAUAAUUUAAUCUAUAUCCUACAAAAAAUCACUUUAUUGAUGGACUCUUUUCUUUUUCAAAUCAUUACGCUGCUCCGUCAGCGAGUCAAAAGCGGCGUUUUAAACAGCGACAUCAUUUUUUUUACGUUUUUUACUAUAAUAUCGUAAAUCAGCGGCCCCUCCACGUAUGUUUCGAGGUUUGCACUCUCACAACUACUGUGCAAGCAAUUGCUUUUGUAUGUGUUGUGACUUUAGUUAUCUUAGUUUGGGGACAGUUGACUCUAACAUCCUACAUAAAGAAUUAAUGUUCAAAUAGCAGUUUUAUACAAGUGUAUUUUCAAAAUAGUAACGAUAGUAUCAACAAGUUGCGGUUUGCACACACAGAAAGCAUCAGAUUGCACUAAAAAUUACGGUAUGUUUAGAAUAUAUGCAAUGCGGGUAUGUGAAUUUUCUUCUUUAUUUACCUGUGCCUACAUUUUCUUGUUAGACUAAGAAAAACUUUGAGCAAAUUCAUUGAAGAACAUUUCAAGAGCAAGGAGAAGAUUGACGAGGGAAAGGUAAGAUAUAUAAUUAAUUUGUUUAUUUCCUGGUUGAAAUGUUAAUAUACACUCGGUGUUACAUUUAUAAACAUUCUCCUCAAGGCUUUGUCUAUACAACAAAGAUUCUCUGUAUUAUACACGCACAACACUGACUGCUAUACAUUUUAUGGAUACCAUUAAUAAUAUUUACCAACAUGACAAAAGACCAAUGGUGACUGGAAAAUCCAUAUCGGCUUAUAGUUAAUUUUAAAGGUUACUUGGUGAUUUUAUUGGUUUCAUUGAGGCAUGCGCUAAAGCAUAAUAAAUCUGUCUGUCUGUCGCGGUCAAAAUGUUGAUUGCUACUACAGUAUGUUUAUACAUGUCUCCUUACAAAUGCUUAUACAUGUACCCAUUCAAAUGUAUAUUCAUAUCAUUAUACUCUUUCUGUUGUCUUCCUGUUGUUUUCAUAUCAUAAAUGUUCAUUUUUUUUUUUUUUUGUUUCGAGUAUUUAUCACAAGCACAUACCAUUAUCAUAAAUGCGUUUACAAUACAUUUUAACUAUGUAGUUUCAAUGCAUUACAUAUUGUGUGCAUGGACGGAGUAUCUGCAAUAAUUAACGCUCUGGCUUUUACUUUGGCUGACCCAGGAGAUGUUUUCCUGUGCCCAACUCCAGUAUACACCCGGAUCAGAAAUGACAUGCUUGAAGUAGGAGGAGUUGACAUCUAUGAGGUUCCAAUGUUUGACAUAACCUCACCUGAGGAUCCGUUUAAGAUGCGAAUAGACUUACUGGAAUCGUACUUGCAAAAAGCCAGGAAUGAUGGUUUGAUUGUACGUGGCGUGAUCCUUGUUAACCCCAAUAAUCCCACCGGGAAAGUCUACAAUCCGCACGAAUUACAGCAGUUAAUGACAUUCUGCAAAAGGAUUUUGGACUGUCCGGGUUUCGUUGCGGAGUGGUCUAUUCUCAUGACAUUAGGAUAAUUACUCGACUGAAGCAGAUAGCUACGUUUCAGCCUAUCCCUGCCCCUACACAGAAACUUAUUAACGGCAUAUUAUCUGAUACAAAAUGGAUAGACAAAGUAUAUUUCCCAGCAUAUUACGAGAGAGCAAAAGACAUGUACAAGUUGGUAAAGAAGUUUUGGACGAGUUGAAUAUCCCAACACCUUACAGCUGCCGGAAUGCAAUUUUCUUUUGGAUGGACUUGUCUCAGUUUUUGAAGGAUUUAUCAAGAGAAGAAGAAAACAAGCUGUUUAACAUAUUUAUGGAAGCCGGUCUCUACAUUAUACCCGGCAUGGAGAUGUUAAGUCGGAUUCCCGGCUGGUUUCGACUUACUUUCACUUUGCCAGAACAUGAAAUCCAAGAGGGUAAGUAUUGAAUCUCUCGGGGUCGCAAUAUAUAU